AUGUUCCGAGGGAUCAAGUCGAUCUGGAGGACUCGGUCCCAGUUCAUCGGCACGCCUGGAUCUCGUCCGACUCUUGCGCUCUCAUGGCGCACCGCAGCGUCUCUUAGGCCCGCACUGGCCCUGGACUCGACCUCGCGCUUUACAUCUUCAGCCACUUCGACGAACAAGUCUGCGGUUGCGGAAAUACAAGAUGCCUCGCCUGUAGAGGCUGAGACGACCUUAAAUGGCACAGAAUCUCCCCCUUCGAGGGCCACACGCCCAAACAAUGCUCGAAACCGCAUGUUCAGAGAGACUUUUCGAGAAAAGAGCGCGGCACAAUCAAAAGAUGUACAACGGAAGCUCGCUUCGCCGUAUGUCCCCACGGUGAGGGGCUAUCCGCUGGUGCAUGCGGCGGAAGAGAGCAAAGUGCAUGCGUUACAGGUGGCCAAGGUGCAGGUGGCGUUCGACCUAAUAUGGCGAGAUUUUGGCCAGGAGAUGCCGGACUGGUCGGAGACGUAUAACUUGCUGAAGAGGAUGAUGACCAAGAGGAGUGAGCCGUUGAGCAUGGCUGCGAUGAGGAUUGUUCUGCCCAAGUCGUGGGAACUGGAGCUGGACAACAAGAAGGUCGAGUUUGUGGAUUCGACAACGGGAUUGCUCGCGAAGCUUCGUGUUUCCUCGGAUCAUCAGAACCCGUCGGCGAUUAUUCUGCGUGGCAAGAGCUCAGUGUUGGCGAGCGCGGCGGAAGAAUUGGUAGCCGCGUGCAAGGACGUGGAAGUAUACAGGCUUGGAGAAGUUGCGGCAUUUGGCUACGAGGUGAAGCGACUUUGGCCUGCCAUCGAGGAUGCCGCGGAUGGUGGCACGUUUAUCCCCGAAGAUAAGCUCGACAAUAUCUGGGUGCAUCAGGAGCAUCAGACGCAUUGGAUCGAUACGCCGUACGAGCAGACGCCCAAGCCGGAACAGUGGACGAUUGAGAAUCUCGAAUCAUACAUCACGACGCUUGUUUGUGGCCGGCUGCGUCCGCAUCUUGCGUUACGCUACUACGUAAAGCCUGAAAAGGACGGCAAGUUUGUCGACACGGACGGUAUCAGAAUUCGCAUGAUUAUGGAUGCCCUCACAAAUCCCGAGGCGAAAGCCUGCAUUACGCCGUCGAUACUGAAGAUGGCCAUGUCAUUCAUGGCUCACAAAGGAGGCCAUCGGGCGGAUGCAGACCGACUGCUGGCUCUAGCAGAAGAAUGGGGGAUUCCCCUAGAUACAGAAGUUUUCAACAUCAUGCUCGAAGGCUAUGUCACUAAACGUGACGUCGGAUUCUUCCAUUGGCUGCUUCGAAAGAUGGAGCAGCGAUACUUUCACCCCAAUGCGCGGACGUGGCUACUGUUCCUCGAGCUGGUCGAAAAAGAGACGGAAAGAAGACAGAUUAUCGUGGCCAUGUAUGACUUGGGCUUAUUCAAGGAUCCUGCUACGCGCAGGGGAAUUGCGCGGAUCAUGGCCGCCCAUGACGCCUACGUUGCCUUCAAGUCUGGGAAAAGGCUCCCCGUCUUUAUGGCGGAACAGAAGUCGCGGUAUGGCGAUGACUGGUUCACGACUGAUGCUAUAAAGAGCAUAUUAACAGAGUUCUUCCGGUUCCACGAGCGGGACAAUCGCCGCUAUGACGAGUUCAAGAGCCUCAUCGAAAUGCAGUCUGAAGACGGCCGCAAGGUUGGCGUCGAUACGAUCAAUCUAGUUCUAGACAAAUGUCUGUUCUACAAGGACUGGGCCACGGCCAUUUGGGCGCUUACCAAACUGAAGGAGUCUGGAAAUGAGGCAGAUGCAACGACGUAUCAAUACAUUAUCCGGCUGGCUAUUAGGCUACAGCUGCCGCAUUCCCUCGGCGUGGCUGUCUUUUACGGAGCGCUAGAGUAUAAACUGCAGUAUCUCACGAGAAUCAUUCUGCGCCGCCAUCUCGCGAAUCACGUCAAAGAUACAUUCUGGUUGCAGCACAAGCCCAAGAUGCUCUCCAAGGAGAUGGGCCGCCUCCUCCGAGACAACCCGACCAGGGGGAUAUCCAGGAUGCUUUCCCGCGUGGAAUGGGCCAUCAACCAAGUCUGCGAGGGAUACAAGCCCGCAAAACCGCUAGUGGAGAUGCUCGACCUCGCUCAGCGGACAAAAGACAAGCCGCUGCUUCUGCGGCAUAGACAUCCCAGAGACUUCCAAUACGACGGCGCUAAUACUCCUAGUGAUGAUUUGGCGAUUAAGAUGGUGGGCAGCGAGGUGGAAGGCAAGAAAGCAAUGUACGUGCAUUUGAACUGGCAUUUUGAUCCAAGGACGAUGGUAAAGGGCUGGAACGAAGAAAAGGCAAAGAAAUCACAGCAAUGGUUUGAUGAACAUAAAAGGGUACCGGAUGGUUUAGAAAGGAGUUCUUGA